AAAAAGGAAAAAACCAAACAACCUUGCCAAUUUUUGGCUCCAGAUUCAAAGAAGACUGGAAACGGCAUGGCGGAAACUUUGCCGCGAAUACGAACCCUAAUUUUUGGGUCUCUCGAUAUAUAUAUAUCUCAGAAGCCGUACCCCAAUUUCCCCCACUUCCCCCUCCCGUCACCGUUCAGAGCCGUCUUCCAACACUUCGCAACAAUGGCCUCCAUCGACGACUCCACCAACGGCACCGCCUUUGACGUUCAUGAGAUAUCUCCCAAGAUCCCAAAGCUCUCUGAGAACGGCGGCCUCCACCGCAAGAUCCAUCUCCCUCUACUCCGUGUUAAGAAGUUGUCGGACAAAGCGGUCCUGCCUUCGCGAGCCUCUCCUCUUUCUGCCGGCUACGAUCUCUCCAGUGCGGCGGCAAUGGUCGUUCCUGCACGAGGCAAAGCCCUAAUUCCAACCCAUCUCAGCAUCGCCAUCCCCGCCGACACCUACGCCCGCAUCGCUCCGAGAUCGGGCCUAACAUGGAAGAAUUCGAUCGACGUGGGAGCCGGUGUGAUCGAUGCGGACUAUCGGGGGCCGAUCGGAGUCAUCCUGUUCAACCACUCGGAUUUAGACUUCGAGGUGAAAGCUGGUGACCGAAUCGCACAGAUGAUACUCGAGAGGAUUGUGACGCCGGACGUGAUCGAAGUUGUGGAUCUGGAUGCGACUGCCAGGGGAGAAGGUGGAUUUGGAUCCACAGGCAUUUGAUGCGUUGCAAAAGUUUGCUCCAACCUUCUCUGUUUGUGGAACUUGCCCUGAUUGAGUUUAAUGGUGGCCCGUGACUUCCUUGUUAAAUCUUGUGAUCUGCAUUGAUUGCUUUUUGUUGGCAAACUGGUAUUUUGUAUGCGAACUAGCAAUGCACUCACUGCCUUUCUGACAUGGUUUCUGCUAUGCAUUCUGACAUGGUCAAAAGUUAAUUGUUUUGAUGGGAAUGUAAUCCUGAUUUGGUGGUAUCGAUGGAAUUUAAGUUGGCUU